AUGGGGGAGAGAGGGGAGGCGAGAGAAGAAGGUUUGAUGGCCUGGCCAGGGCUGGUGUUCAUGUGGUGCUGGAUCAAAGCGGUGGGGCCAGGGUACGCCCUUCACUCAACUCUUCGUCUUCACCCACCGCACCUUCCCCACGCCUCCCACUCCCCAUUUCCUUUCUUCCCCCCUUCAAACUACGUGCAGAUGGCGCGGCCAGGGCUGGUGUUCAUGUGGUGCUGGAUCGCAGCGGUGGGGCCGGGGUACGUGCGGCGGGAGGCCAUUCUGUUGGGCGCACGGCGCCUGCGCGCGUCCCAGGAUGCGGACUACGAGCUGGGGGUGUUUGACCAGCAGCUUGACGACCCCUCCAAGGUGCGUGCGUCUGCAGCAGCAGUGCCAGUGGAAGCCAGGGCAGAGGUGGCUCUAGGCGCCAUCCUCCACUGCUGUGAAGACAGUGCCGGUGGCAGCAGCAGCGGUGCCGGUGGAGGCCAGGGCAGAGGUGGCUCUAGACGCCAUGCUCGACUGCUGCGUGGGGCCGCCCUUCUCUCUCUCUAUUCAAAUGCGUUGUCCUUUCCCCUGCCCAACCCUCCCAACCCGCGGGUGAAGACAGCGCCGGUGGCAGCAGCAGCAGUGGCAGUCGAGGCCAGGGCAGAGGUGGCUCUAGACGCCAUACUCGACUGCUGCGUGGGGCCGCCAUCUCAGCGCCAGAUGGACGGCGAUGAUUGGCAGCUGCUGCUCACAAUCCUCGGUGGCGUGUUCCCAUCUGCUGAUCCGACUGCGCUGGAGAAUGCUGUGAAUGCACGCAGGGAGGCCAGCUUGCCUGGUGAGGGGGCAGUGGACGAGUCGUCUGCCUGA